UACAGACGAUAUGAGGAACUUGACCAACAAAAUAUAUCAAUCAUAUGAACUUGAUGUGAAUUUUGAUAGUGAUGUGGAAGUCCAAAAGGACCCCAGUUCAGAUGAUGAUUCAUUUGAAUUUCAUCUGUUGGAAGAUGACAAUUGCGUAUUAGAACGAUUGUUGAUACUUGCCCAAGAAAAAGAUUAUAAAGAGUAUCAACACGCAAAAGUUACUUUUGCGGAUAAAGGAAAUAAUUCAUAUAAAGAAUUUUUAUCUAUGUUUAAUUUUGAGGAAAAGAGCAAACGCAUUUCAUUAAAAUCGGAUUUAUCCGAAGACGGAAUAUGUGUUUUAGCAUCAGAUAUUUUUAAAUCUAUUUUAAAACUAAGAAAUCUUGCAGAAUUAACAGUGUUUCUUAAACAUAGUGUUAUAGAUCCUAAAGACAUUGUUAAACUCAUGAUUACUCAUUUGAUGAAUAUGCCGCUUGAAGACUUUAAUAUAGAGCUCAUAGAAAAGAUUAUAGAAAUAAUAUAUUACAUUUGCAGCAGUUCAGAAGAAGCUACAAAAAUUACUUAUAACGAAAUAUCCUUUUGGUGGGAAGACAUACGUACUAUAUUAAUAAAUAUGUCCUGUCCUUUGAGAAGUAUGAUUAUAGCAAUGGCCUGUAAGGCAGUAGUGAAAAUAUUUGAAACAAAUGCAGUAGAUAAAGAUGAUUGGGAAUCUGUCACUGCAGAGAACGCAAAGUGGGGCAUUUUGAUUGGCAAACUUGAAGACAUCUCUAUUCUUAGCAUUAUUCUUAUUUUCAAAGAUUCCUAUGUAGGUGAAUCUACGACAAAAUUGAAACUUGAGAAUAUUAAUGUGAAUUUAAAAUACAUAUAUACCAGAGGAAAAGGAUCGGUAACGGAGUUAAUAGCAAAAUGGUUAUGCAGUAUGGGAGUCCCAGCGCAAGCCAUUGUAGUAAAUGAAUUAAUGGAAGUAUUCGAUGUUACUGCUAAUUCUGAAAUAUGUGAUACAAUAAGCCAAGAUCAAUCCAUGUAUGUAUUUAUGGAAAACAAUAGACAAUGUGUCGAUAAAAACCCUAAAAUAUUUAAAUGGUUAUCACUUCUAAGACGUCAAUUUCCAUUGAGCACGAAAUCCGACUAUAUUAUUGCAAAUAUGUGUUGGGAGUAUGCUGUAGAGUGGCAAAAAAAUAUGAAACAGACUGAAGAACUGUUGUGUGUACUGAACUGUCUUGACCACAUCAACAAUUUGCACUUACGAUUAGGGCUUUUUUCGAUUACAUGGUGUACUUAUUUUAAACAGAUUUUUGAACUCAGUUGUCGCUUAGUAAAUAAGGUUGGCAAAUUACCGAAAGAUCACCUCUGCUCCCAAGACUUGGGAUUUAACAGUGGAAGUUUAAUUAAAUUUCUUGAAAGUAUGACAUUAUUUUUAGAAAAAUUUUACCAAUGUUCCACUUCAUUAAACAAUCAUGACAAAGAACCAAUUCAAUUCGAAAAAAUUUGGGAUGAAAGUUUACCUUCCUUGGUAGAAGUAGCUCAAGAUACAAAAAAUGUUAACAGCAGUGUGUUAAAAUUGCUACACCAAAUGUCCUGUACAAUAUACUACCAGUGUUAUUUUAACUUAAAAAUAUCGAAGCCUUUAGAUACGUUAUAUGAUGUUGAUUAUCAGAGUUUACUUGAAGCUUUAGCUGCUAAUACUCAAAAAGUAUUCACUACAAAACCAUCCGAAAAAUUAUUGAAUCCAAGAAUGAAAUAUCUGACAAAACUUAUUCGAACUGCAAUUGAAACCAUUAGUUGCAUCGACAGUAACGAUAGUAAUAAAAUAUACAAUGAUAGCGAAUGUUUGCAGUGGAUCGAUAACAUAUCUAGUUUGGCUGAGUCUUGGGAAGUGGAUAAAAGUUUCAUACAACGUCAAUAUAUAAUCGGAUUAUUUCAUUCCGGCUAUGAUAGUCUCGCCGAAAAUAUUUUGGUUCUAAUAAAUGAGCCAGAAUCAGUGUUACCACCUAUUCUUGCUAUUACAAUACAAAGGUUGAAGAAAAGUCUUGAGAAUUCGUCCAAUCAGGCGGAAUGGAUUGUAUCAAUGCCUCCACAACUAUACAAACGCAUGCAAAACACGCCUCCUGAUCCUUCGGUACCUUCGAAUCCGUCUCUAUCGUCUACUGUGUCUCUUCUACAAAAUCUUUUAAUACACAUAGAUAAGAAGUCGUCGGAAGCAAAAAUUGAUAUUCAAGAUUUAAAAUUCAUUAAACUUCUUAUUGAUAGCUGUGAAAUUAUCAUACGACGCAAGUUAUAAAUUAUGUUGAUACAAUGUCGUCACCUAACUACUAUUGUAAAAUAUUAUUAAGAGGCAUAAUAAAAUAGUUUACUCG